AUGGCCAUGCAGGUGUUGUGGGACUUGAGGAAAACCUUUCGAUGUGCUGUUUUAACAGACUCAACCUCAGACAUCACAAAAGUUGCAAAGGAGGUGGUUUUCCUUUACACAGCAGGUGAUCAAGGCCACCAGAACACAGUGUUGUUGUUAGUAAAUGAUGAGCAUGUUCUGGACAAACUGCAGGACAGCAUUAUGCUGACCAUUGCUGAACAAGAGAUAGUCACCCGUAUGUCUGUAGCGAUUUUACUCAGCUGUGUGAGAAAGGAUGUCCUGGUACAGAAAGGCCCCGUUGUCCUGCAGAGAGUUCUGUCAGAUGCAGAAGAGAAGAAAUUUAAAAAGAAAAAAAAGGAGCUUAUCGCAAGGUAUGGUGAGAAAAUAAAACUAUUUCAUGGCUUUAACAUAAUGCAAAGUAAUUUUUCUCAAGAUUACAUCAAGCAAGCAUGCGAAGUAUUCAGCUCAGUCCGAAAAGCAAACAGACCACAGAAGACCCAGCUGGCUGCCUACCUGUCCCUGCUGAACGCCUACGUACCAGGUUCAUAUCUACUGGAGUCUCAGUGUCUGGACUUCCUCAACCCUCACGGUUCUGUCCAUGGAGACCUUACAGUUAAGGAGUUGAUGCAGCCCUAUGGUGAUCUCAUCAUCACCUUCCAACAAGAUGAAAGGUCUGAGAGAAAGGUCCGCAUGGCUCAUCCAAUGAUAGCGAAGUGCUGCACUGAACUCAUGGCUGCAGCAGGAGUGACCAGAAGUGACACAGCAAGAAACUUCCUGAACAAUUUUUGCAAAUAUGCAGAAAGUGAUGAGUUUCCUCAAUGUGUGCUUGGGUUUGUCAAAGACAUGCUAACCAAAAGAGAGAUGAAAACAGAGGACCCAGUCAAUACUUCAGAUAGUAAAGAGAAUCAAGAAAGGUUUUCAAGACUCAUUCUAGAUAUUCACAAGAUGGAGGGAAGCAAACAGAGUGCCUCAGUUUUAAAGGUGGCAUCAAAGAAAUUUAAGCUGAAUCCACUUUUCCCUCAGGCCCUUGCUCGUUUUUAUUACAUCGAACUAAAAGACUACAAUCAGGCAGAGAUUUGGGCGAAAAGAGCAAAUGAGAGAGAUCCCCAAAAUUCAUUUGUUGCAGAUACACUGGGGCAAGUCCAUAAGAACCACCUGAAUAGCAAAGGAAUUUCUACCAAACCAAGAGAAAUUCUGCAGCUGGCUGAAAAAGCCAUUAAUGCUUUCAAGCAUAAAGAACAGCUAGCUGAUGCUGAACAAGAGCUGACAUGA